GAUCCGAAUUCAACGGAGCCUGUCUUUCUUUAUCUCUCUGUCUUGGGUUUUCUGAGGUGUUUUCUGUCUUCUCGCCGUUAUAAUCUGUUUUGCAUUUCCUGUGUGGAAAAUUCAUUUGGAAUUUAAGUAGCAAAGGUUGGUUGAAAACAGAGAGAGGCAGAAAAACAGAGACAAGCUCAAAGAAGGAGGCCGAGUUCCUCACAGGGAACGACGGUUUUCCUCUUCUUAUUUUCAUGCCGGAAUAUCAAUUCUAAGUCCCUCCAGGUUUUUCUCAAAAGCAUGGCCAAGUGAUACUAUCAUUUGAAUUGAAGAGGUUAAAUAUAUAUGUAUUUGUAGACUGCUCUACAUCCAGUGUGUCUUCUGUUUUUGCAAAUUUGGCACAUUACUUCAAGAAAGAGUAGCUUUGCGAUGGGUGUCUGUGUUUCAAAACCUCAUGCAACUAUUAAAGCCCAGCAGAAAAGGGUCCGCAGAGUCGCCAGACGCCGGGGGAGGAAGGUGAAGAAGGGUGUCACCUCCACUUCUGAUGCGGCUACGAGACGGUCUGUUAGUGAGUUUGUACAUCUUGACUUUGAGAAAGGUGCUGCAACUACCUGCAAGAGAUCUGAGGUUUCUAGUGGCACAUUUCACCUCACUCAGCUUCAAUGGAACCACAGUCAGAUUGAUGGAAAUGGUGGGAAAUGCCCAGGGGAAGCAUGGUUUGACUCCCUUAGUAUUAUGGAAUCUGAUUCAGAAGAUGACUUCUGCAGUGUGCAUGGGGAUGGGUUUCCUUUAGCAGGUAAUAUCCCAAAUGGUCAAUUGGUCCAGUAUGAAAGUGCGUCAUGCAUUGUAGAUAAUGGAUGCAAGUAUGAGGGGUUCUAUGAAAGUUACCUGAAAAUAGAUGGAAAUGCACGCCAUUCGGUAGAGAAAACCCAAGUCAGUUUUAAUGACAAGAACCCUAAGCAACCGGCAGUUAUCAUGCUUUCUUAUACGAGGAAAUCCAUCGACGAAAGUGAAAGGACUGGUGCGUCUGAUCAUAAAUACUUAUUUCGCCCAAGAGCAGGACUUCGCAUUCCUUGUUCAACCGAUGAGAAGCCAAGUCCCGGAUCCUGGUCUGCAGUUCCACCUUCAGUAUUUAAGCUCCGUGGCGAGAAUUAUUUCAAAGAUAAACAGAAGUACCCUGCCCCAAACUACAGCUCAUAUGUACCAAUUGGUGUUGAUUUGUUUAUUUGCCCCCGAAAGAGAGAUCACAUUGCUCAGCAUCUUGAGCUUCCUUCUGUAAAACCACAUGACAAAGUUCCUUCCCUCCUGAUUGUUAAUAUUCAGUUGCCUACUUAUCCUACCACAAUGUUCCUUGGUGAUUGCGACGGGGAAGGAAUGAGUCUUGUAUUGUAUUUUAAAGUGAAUGAAAAUUUUGACAAAGAGAUAUCUGUUCAGUUUCAAGACAGCAUCAGGAAAUUUGUUGAGGACGAGACAGAAAAAGUAAAAGGGUUUGCAAAGGAUUCAGUGGUUCCUUUCAGGGAAAGGCUAAAAAUCAUGGCUGGAUUGGUCAAUCCAGAUGACCUCCAGUUGAGUUCUGCAGAAAGGAAGCUUCUAUCUGCUUAUAAUGAUAAGCCUGUGCUUUCCCGCCCUCAACACAAUUUCUACAGGGGACCUAAUUACUUUGAGAUUGACCUAGAUAUCCAUAGGUUCAGCUACAUAUCCAGGAAAGGACUUGAAUCAUUCAGAGAGCGUUUGACCAACGGCGUGCUUGAUUUGGGAUUAACAAUCCAGGCACAAAAACAAGAGGAAUUGCCAGAACAAGUCUUGUGCUGCAUGCGCUUGAAUAAGGUGGAAUUUGUAAACCAUGGUCAAAUACCUACUCUUGUAACUAUGGAUGACUGAUUUGGACAGGCACCUGGAUCCUGGAGGGUUUGCAUUUAAAAGCCUGUAAUUUUCCGGCCAAAACAUCAAACAAAAGGCAUGUUUUGUAAACAUUAGGUCACUGCGACCUAUUCAAUUCAAUGGUGUAAACAUGAGAUCUGUAACCCACAUGAUCAUACAUUGGUAACAAAUCUUAUAAACAAAAAUGAGGACUUAAAGUUAUAAGUGA